AGGAUGAUCCCAUCACGUACGUCACGGUGGGCUGCACUUGGCCAUCGGGGCGUCCGCGGCAUUGCAUUGAGGCACAGCUCAGCCGUCGCAUCGCGUCGGUGCUCGCAGAGGACCCGCGCGCGCCGCCCACUGAAAGGCAGACGCGACCGAGAGGCCAGAAGCAGCGAGGCAGUAGCUACGUGGAUGAGGAGCAAAAGCACCCAGGCACUCACCCGACCACAGGGCCAGGCAGAUCAGGAGACAGGGCGCCCGCCCGGGCGAGGCACUCCGCCGAGGAGCUCGACGCGCACUACAGGAGGCGUGGUGCCAGCGCUACGACGCACGGCGCAUUGCGCGGCCUAGCAUGCCGUGCCGCUGAGCCGCGGGGGGAGGGGCCACGCUUCUGAACCGCGGAGCCUCGAACGGAGCCAAGCGCGCGCCCACAAGUCC